UGCAAACGAAGCGCGCUUGGGAACAAACCGGGCGACAGGAAUAACUGCUGAUUAAACAACACUGAAUGAAACUGAGUUUUAAGAAAUCACUUACUUUAUACAUUUAUUACACGUCGUAGUACGCGUUCCUGCACACCACAGACACGAAAGGAUUUGUGGCACAGCGCAAUUUUUAGGUGUUGCAGGAGGUUUGCACCAGCAUGUCUGUAUCUGUGAUCAUUAAAUGGGGAGGGCAGGAGUACUCCAUCAGUACACUCUCCGAAGAGGACACUGUGCUGGACCUCAAGCAGUCCAUCAAGUCCCUGACAGGAGUUCUCCCAGAGAGGCAGAAACUCCUAGGAUUAAAGGUAAAAGGUAAACCAGCAGAGGACCAAGUGAAGCUGGGUUCACUGAAGCUGAAGCCCAAUACCAAGAUCAUGAUGAUGGGCAGCAGGGAGGAGAGUCUGGAAGAAGUUUUAGCACCUCCCCCAGAGAAUGAUGACGUUGUCAAUGACUUUGACAUUGAAGAAGAGGUGAUUGAAGUACAGAACAGAGAGGAGAACUUGGCCAAGAUAGCCCGCCGUGUCAAAGACUACAAAGUGGAGGGGAUGAACCCACCCAGGGCAGGAAAGAGGCUGCUAGUACUAGAUGUGGACUACACGUUGUUUGAUCACAAGUCAUGUGCAGAGACGGGACAAGAGCUCAUGAGGCCUUUUCUCCAUGAGUUCCUGACCUCGGCGUACGAGGACUAUGACAUCGUCAUCUGGUCUGCCACGAGUAUGAAGUGGAUUGAUGCUAAAAUGAAAGAGCUGGGAGUGACGGACAACCCCAACUACAAGAUCACCUUCAUGCUGGACAGUGCAGCCAUGAUCACCGUGCACACGCCUAAGAGGGGUGUAGUGGAGGUGAAGCCUCUAGGGGUCAUAUGGGGAAAGUACAGUGAGUUCUACAGCAAGAGGAACACUAUCAUGUUCGACGACAUUGGCAGAAAUUUCCUUAUGAACCCACAGAACGGACUGAAGAUUCGUCCAUUCAUGAAAGCGCACUUAAACCGUGAAAAAGACAAAGAGCUCUUCAAACUGUCUCAGUAUCUUAAGGAGAUUGCCAAACUGGAGGACUUCUCUUGUCUCAACCAUAAGCAUUGGGAGAGGUAUCGCGCAAAGAAACCGAGCCAGUGAGAGCGUUGUUGUGGAUGUGUGAAGGGAUCAUCAUUCCUCAACCAGGAACAGGGCAGGACACUCAAGCCCUCACCAAACUACUGCUGCUGUUUCCCAUUGUAUGGCGUGUUUUAUUUACUUCUGUUCUUCCCCCUCAUCUCUGUCUUUCUCUGUUGACUUCAGUCCGGGAGACACGGUAAAUACUUAUACACAUCUCAGUACUCAGUUUACAUGCAAUGGAUUUUGUUAGGUUUCACCCAGUCGCUCUUUCACAGCAGUGACUCUGUCAUCUGUAGCUAUGACACUUAAACUCAGUUAUACGAACAUGAGUUUGUUCUGUACUGAUACUGUUAUGUAUUCUCUCUCUCCACUCCCCCUGGCUCUCUCCCCUAUGGCAACACCAUACCAAGUAGAUAGAGCAAAGCUGGUACAGUAACUGAGUGUUACCGAGUACACUGAGGUAAAGUUGUGUGACAGGUUACUUAACUAAUCACUGAGGUGGAUUAGGCCUCUAUUAGGAUGGUGACCUCCAUAUACUGCUGCUUGUCACAGAGGUCGUUUCUGAAGGAGACGGAUGACGUUGUCCAUCAGGCAGUUUUAGAUUGUCAUUGUCUGCUGACAUCAGCUAUGCCUGCCUGGAAACCAAAUAUAUCUCUGCACGUGGUUAGACAGUAUUUUUUAAAAAUAUGCAUUUGACCUAACUUUGAUUUGAACUGAAACACCUUCUUUUUCAUAUUCUCAGGCAAUUGUUAGGUCCACUAAACCAAACAAUACUUGUUGUAGUAGAAUGAUUGAAAAUAAAUGGGGGAAAAAGGCACUUACAUUGUUUUUGGACAAUUAAAGGCAUUGUGUUGUUUGGCAGGCUCAGCCCAAGCACUAGACACUAAACUCAGAUCAGACUUCUCUGAUUUUGUAUGAGGUUUAUUUGUAAAUAGUAUUUAAUAUUUUCAGUUGGAAAAAGGGAUAUGGUUCAGAGCAUUGAGUCACACCUUUUUAUCCGUUACUAGUUUUCUCUUUAAAAGGCAAAUAUUUGACAGUAAUUAAAUAUUUGCUAACAUUUGCUUUAUCCAUUGGCUGUAACACUAGAGCGUCAAUUCUCUCACGUCAUCCUGCGAAGUUAUGCAAUAAUCUAAAGAUUGACUGCUAUCAGAGGAAAUUAAUCAAUGUCAGGGUUUACAGAAUAUUUUCAACUCUUGUUAUUUCUGUUUUAGAUUGUCAAAUAUUUAUUUUACACAGACUUCCUUACUACUUUGAUUUCUAGUAAAGAAUGUUUUGCUACCUUCAUGUUGGGUGUCAAAGGCAAAUGUGUAAAUAAGCAUUUCAGUUGUCAAAUGAAGGCACUAUCAUUUAACAAGCUGUGUGUCCUUACCCACGCAUCCCAGGCACUGAAUACACACCUGGAUGACUGACAAUAGUACAUCAUGUCUCGCUGAAGCAGCACUUUUCAAACAAUGAAAAAUCUAUUGAUAUUUAUUUUUUAUUAUUGAAUAUUAAAUCAUACAAUCUACCUGCAGUGAAGCCACUCAACAUUUACAUGACAUUCAGUCAUCUAGCAGACUCAAACUAUUAUUGGUUUAGUUGUCAGCUUGUCAUAUUUGUUACCUCAGUUAAGUUUUCUUCACAAUAACUUGAUUUGUAAAAGAUGAGGAAACCGUCACAUUUGUUGUAUCCUGUGAUAUUUAAUUUGCAGACUGUUGCAUGUCAGACAACAUGAACAUGUUUUAACAAGUGGGCACCGGAUUCCUGUUGUGAGCAUAUCCCGACUGUAAAUAAAAUAUUUUUU